CGUUGUUCUGCGGGGUUUUACCGAAGCUCAGACUCACGAAUGAGUGAAACAAACCUGAAGAGGAGGCAGACAGCGCUCAGCUCUGGAGAGAUAAACUCAAGACUUUCAGAGAAUGGCGAAAAACGGCGGAAUAUUUUGCCUUUUGGGAAACAGAAAAUAAGACCUGAAGAUUUAAUCGAGGACGGCCUCAUGCUUCAGCAUCAUUUCCAGUCUCCCCUAAAGAGGAAUUUGGCACAUAACUGUGAUAAAAGGGAUGAAUGAGGGCCGCUCUGCCAUACUCCGAAGGUGCCACCUUGUCUUGUCCAAGGCUGACACCCUCGACUCAUCUGCCAGAGCUACUCUCUCUGUGGACGAUGGCAGUGCCUCCCAGCCUGACAGCGACGCAGCGUUCCCCCUGUCUGAGAUCUCAGACCUCUUUGAGAGUGAAGAUGGCUCCCCGGCGACUCAAGACACGAGUCAGACUUCGGCCCAGGAGCAGGUUCAGCCAAGUCAGCCGGCAGACAGCAAGCAGAACCUGCGCAUGAAGUUUCAGGGGGCAUUCAAGAAGGGCAUUUCUAACCCUAUGGACUUACUGGAAUCUAGCAUAUAUGAGUCAAAUGUGGUCCCUGGCCCAAAGAAAGCACCCAUGGACUCCCUUUUUGACUAUGGCACCUACAGGAACACCAGCAACCAGAAGAAACGGAGGAAGAAGCUCCCAAGAGGUAAAGCUGAGGUAUCCUGUGAUGAUGCUGAUACUAUGCAGGCCCCAAAAGUGAUGAAAAUAUUCAACCGCUCCCUCCUCUUCGACUGUGUGUCACGUGGAGACGCCGGAGACCUUGAGGGCCUGUUGGAUUACCUGCAGAGCCAAGAUAAAAGGCUAACAGAUGAGGAGUUCAGAGAGCCAUCCACAGGUAAGACCUGUCUGCCUAAAGCCCUGUUGAACCUCUAUGGUGGAACAAAUGACACCAUCCCUGUGCUGGUGGACAUUGCAGAGAAGACCGGAAACCUCCGAGAGUUUAUAAACACUCCUUUCAGGGAUGUCUACUACAGAGGCCAGACAGCACUCCACAUUGCUAUAGAGCGGCGUUGUAAGCAGUAUGUGAAACUGCUGGUGGAGCAGGGAGCCGACGUUCACGCCCAGGCCAGGGGACGCUUUUUCCAGCCCAGAGAUGAAGGGGGCUACUUCUACUUUGGUGAGCUGCCUCUCUCCCUGGCUGCAUGCACUAACCAGCCAGACAUUGUGCACUACCUGACCGAGAAUCCACACAAAAAGGCCGACCUGCGACGCCAGGAUUCUCGUGGAAACACAGUGCUGCACGCCCUGGUGCACAUUGCAGACAACACCAAGGACAACACCCGCUUCCUCACAAAGAUGUAUGACCUGCUGCUCAUCAAGAGUGCCAAAUUGUAUCCAGACUACAACCUGGAGACUGUGCUCAACAAUGACUGCAUGUCGCCUCUCAUGAUGGCCGCCAAGCUGGGCAAGAUAGGGGUUUUCCAGCACAUUAUCAGACGUGAGAUCAAGGAUGAGGAGGCUCGUCAUCUGUCUCGUAAGUUCAAGGACUGGGCUUACGGGCCAGUGUACUCGUCCCUCUAUGAUUUGUCUUCACUCGAUACAUGUGGAGAGGAGCCAUCGGUGCUGGAAAUCCUCGUCUACAACAGUCGCAAUGAAAACCGCCAUGAGAUGCUGGCUGUGGAGCCAGUCAACGAGCUGCUGAGGGCCAAAUGGCAGAAAUUUGCUGCUGUCACUUUUUAUAUCAGUGUGGUUUCCUACCUCAUCACCAUGAUUACAUUCACUCUGGUGGCUUAUUACCACCCAACACAGGGGACGCCUCCAUACAGCUACACAACAUCGUCUGACUACUUGCGUAUGUCGGGGGAGAUUAUCACCUUGGCAUCUGGAAUUUUCUUCCUCCUCACCAACAUUAAGGACCUCUUCUUGAAGAAGUGCCCUGGGGUGAAGUCUUUAUUCAUCGAUGGAUCUUUUCAGCUGCUGUACUUCAUCUACUCUGUACUGAUUGUCGUCACUGCUGUGCUCUACCUGUCUGGCAUUGAAGCCUACGUGUCUGUGAUGGUGUUUGCACUUGUCCUGGGCUGGAUGAACACUCUGUACUUCACUAGAGGCCUGAAGCUCACUGGAACCUACAGUAUUAUGAUUCAGAAGAUUCUAUUUAAAGACCUUUUCAGAUUCCUGCUGGUGUAUGUGCUCUUCAUGAUUGGAUAUGCAUCAGCCCUGGUGUCUCUGCUGAAAGCGUGCCCUCCCUCAGGCACGGACUGUGGUGGGGAAUGCCCAACCUACCCGAAGUGCAGAGACCCCGACACCUUCAGUAACUUCUUACUGGACCUAUUUAAGCUGACCAUUGGGAUGGGAGAACUGGACAUGAUCGACAGUGCACAGUAUCCUGCAGUCUUCCUCAUCCUACUGGUCACAUACAUUAUCCUCACCUUUGUGCUGCUGCUCAACAUGUUGAUCGCUCUUAUGGGGGAGACAGUGGGACAGGUGUCCAAGGAGAGCAAGAAGAUCUGGAAGCUUCAGUGGGCAACAACGAUCUUGGACAUUGAGCGCUCUUUCCCAGUCUGUCUUCGUAAGUCUUUUCGAGUCGGCGAAAUGGUGACAGUGGGGAAGAACUGGGACGGCACACCUGACCGACGCUGGUGCUUCAGGGUGGACGAGGUGAACUGGUGCCACUGGAAUCAGAACCUGGCAAUUAUCAAUGAGGAUCCAGGCAAGAAUGAGACAUGCCAAGCCAACGGGUUGCAGCAGAGUGUCAGAGCCUUGAGGAGAGACCGCUGGUCUACAGUGGUUCCCCGGGCGGUGGAGUUAAGUAAGGGUCCACGGAGUCGUGAUCUGGUGGUAGAGAUGGAGCCGCUGACGUCCAGGCACUGACACUGUUGUUUUGAUAAGACAGCAGAGAGCAAUCAGUGGGAUCACUCUGCUGGGGACAAUUUGGUCAAAAAGUGUAGUAAUUUGCAUAGAUCUCAUGUGCCUUUUAUUCUGAGAAAGUAUAAAUACUGCAGCCAGUGUUAAUGAUAUAAGGAGAGACACACUGGAUGUAUAAUACAAGAAAAGAGGAACUGCCUUAAAUGAUAAAUUAAAUAGAUAGUAAUUGUAAAUAAGUGAAGUUAGAAAUAUAAACCCUGAGACAGAAAUCAAAAACCAGUUGGGCUGUUAUUAGUUCAUAUUCUCUCAUAAUAUAAGAAUACUGUAGAUGAUUUAUCAUAAAUCAGUGCUAUGGCUCUGUAUUUCAGACACCAGUGGACGAUCACUCAGGGAUUUUAAAGGGCAAAAAACAAUCCUCAGCAUGCCAAGGCUCAUUUAAGUCUUACAACAAACAGAAUCAUUAGUUUUCUGUUUGCAAGAAGCUAAUUACUGUAUUAUUGCAUUAGCAGUUAUUGCCAAAAGCUUUUAUAGAAAUGCUAUCCACUGAAUUAAUAGCAAAUGGAGAUAAUUCUUUAAAAGGACAUUUUAUACAUAUUCUUAUUCACAGACUUUAAUUUGCUCGCUUAGGAUUAUAUUGUAUAUGCUUAUUCAAAUGUUUAUGGCCUUCAGUGUGCAGGAAAAAAGCAAAAUGUAUGUUAUUAAGUAUAUUUCUUUUCCAUUUACUAUAGUGCAUUAAUUAAUACUUUCAAAACUAUAAAAGUGCCUGGCAGUGACUGCCAGUUGAGGCAGUGUAGCUUUCAUUUGAACUGAAACAAUGCACUAUGACAAUUUGUGAUGUGCACAUUAUUAUAUGAACACAAAGACAUUGUUCUGAACAAGAUGGGCAUGAUGAGCAGGUUAGAGUUGUCAAGCAAAUAUGCAAAUGCUAGACAAUAGCCCUCCAUGUUAUGGUUUGUCUUUGAAUUUCCACAGUUAUUGUUCCUUUGCAGCUGGGGUAUUUGCAUAAUUAACUCUCAGGCCUCCCCAUUAUGUGCUUCCCCUCUAUUUGCUGCAGUGUUUUCAUUGCAAUUGGCUCUUUGCCCUAUAUAGCAUCUUGUUUAUGCACAGCUACUGUAUGUAUGCAUGUAUUUACGUUAUUGUGCUGCAUGAUGAGGUUUGAUUAAGAGCAGAUAGAGCUUACAGUUCAUCUUCAAUAAUUCAUUACUGUUAAAGGUCACAGACAAUUGUUCACUAUGUUUACGUUGUUUUAUAGAGACAAAUGUCUAUAGAUUUUUAUAUUGUGUGCACAGAACAAUAAACACUGAA